GAGGGGUUGGUGGUUUUGUCCAAACGCGUGCUGAGACGCAAGGAGGGCAGGAGUUAUACCUUCGCUGUGUAUGUAUGUGUGUCGGUGUGUGUGAGAGUAUAUAUAUGCAGGAUAAGGCACGUCAUACUUGUAGGUGUUUCCAUGGUGAUUCGCUUUAUAAAAGUGAUGGCAGGAGCCAACUUCGUCUGUCCAUGCAAGCAGGGACGAGCCAGAGCUGUCAUCAUCACCACCAACUUUGAAGCGAGCUCUCUCUCUUCGCUACACCUUUACCAAGGGACGCAGCGCGCGCCGGCGACGUGAGACGUCGCAGGGAGACAGAGAGAGCGCAGAGCCAUGCUUCUGCUGCCCAGCCUCGACGCGGUGUCGGCCGCGAGCACCGUCACCGCGUGCCUCGCGUCGCUCGUGCUCCUCGUCACCGUCGUGCAGCAGCUAUGGAGGCUGCGCUGGUCGGCGGGGCGAGACAAGAGCAGCGCCCUGCCGCUGCCCAAAGGCUCCAUGGGCUUCCCCGUGGUGGGAGAAACGUUCCACUGGAUGGUGCAGGGUUCACGCUUCCACGCGUCUCGCCGGGAGCGCUACGGCAACGUGUUCAAGACGCACCUGCUCGGCCGGCCCGUGGUGCGCGUGACGGGCGCAGAGAACGUGCGCCGAGUGCUCAUGGGCGAGCACGCGCUCGUCAGCUCGCAGUGGCCGCUCAGCACCCGCCUCUUGCUGGGAGCCAACAGCCUGGGCAUGUCCGUGGGAGACGCGCACAGGAACAAGCGCAAGGUGAUGGCGCAGGUGUUCAGCCACGCGGCGCUGGAGGGAUACCUGCCGCAGGUGCAGCUGAUGGUGCGUGCGGCAGUGUCGCGCUGGCGGGACUGCGCCAGCGUCGUCACGGUGUACCCCGAGUGCAAGACGCUGACGUUCCGCGUGGCGCUGCACGUGGUGGUGAGCUCGCGCAUCGCGCCCCACGAGGAGGCGCUGCUCGCCGACGCCUUCGAGCAGUUCGUCGAGAACUUCUUCUCCCUGCCGCUCGACGUGCCCUUCAGCGGCCUGCGCAAGGGCCUCAAAGCCAGGAAGGUGUUGCACGGUUACCUGGACAAGCUCCUUCGCGACAAGCUCGAGCGGCCGGAGUUUAAGGAGUCCCAGGACGCCAUGGACAUCCUCAUCAGCAGUGCCAAGGAGCAUGGCAAGGAGAUGUCCAUGCUGGAGCUGAAGGAAGCGGCCGUGGAGCUGAUUUUCGCUGCGCACGCCACCACGGCGAGCGCCAGCACGUCGCUCGUGCUGCAGAUGCUCAAGCACCCCGACACGCUGGCGCGCCUGCGGCGGGAGCUCGCAGAUGCCGGCCUCGGCGGGGGUCCGGCGGCAGCGGCGGCGGCGGCUGCGGGAACGGCAGAGCGUCCUCCGCUCACCCUGGGACGCCUCGUCGGCCUGCGCUACCUCGACUGCGUCGUCAAGGAAGUGCUGCGGCUGCUGCCGCCCGUGUCCGGCGGCUACCGCACGGCGCUCAAAACCUUCGAGCUCGAGGGCUGCCAGAUCCCCAAGGGCUGGAGCGUCCUCUACAGCAUCCGCGACACGCACGAGACGGCGCCGGCCUUCAGCUCGCCGCUUGACUUCGACCCCGACCGCUUCGACGCGACGCGCGCCGAGGACUCGAAGGAGCGCUUCAGCUACCUGCCGUUCGGCGGCGGCGUGCGCAGCUGCCUGGGCAAGGAGCUCGCCAAGCUCAUCCUCAAGGUGCUAGCCGUCGAGCUCGCCGGCGGCUGCACCUGGGAGCUGGCGAGCGCCGAGUACCCGCGCAUGCAGACGGUGCCUAUCGUCCACCCGGUGGACGGACUCCACGUGCGCUUCAAGGCCCUGCCCACGGACGAGGGGGUCGAGAAGAAGCCGCCAGCGGUGCCGGUGGCGGUUCCGGAGAGCGACGACGCCGAGCGGGAGGAGUGACUCCUCCCGCUCGGGGGAUCCUCCUGCGUCACGGCGGACGGGGGGAUGUGACGCGGUGCGGAGAGACGACAGAGAGACGGAGGAGAGAUGGUGUUGAGGUGUUAUAUACCCCUUGCGCGCGUGUCUGUGGGUGCGGGGGGCGGCGUAGCGGUGAGGGUGCCGCGCUACGAGCGCGGUGACCCGAGUUCGAUUCCCGCUCACGGCCACCAGCACCAGUGAUGAUUAUCUGAACCGGUCCUGGGCCUCCCCUUGGUCGAUUCAGCCUCAAAUGAGUACCUGGUGUGGUGUGUAAACAUCG